AUGGCCAGCGGAAGGCCGCCUGGAAGCCAUCCGUCCGCCGGCGCCAACAACGAUCUCCUUCAGUUGGACGAUGGCCCGGUGUACAGCACUGGACAGCGUCCUCCAGUGAACGACGAUCACCUUCUUGAGCGCUUCGAUAUCGAUGAUUCUGACCUCCCGUCUCCCCGCGCUUCGGUUUCCUACGAUGAAUUUGUUGGUGGCAGGCACCCGCAUGCGACGACCGAUGCUCCAUCGAGUACCUCACACAAUGCUGCAUUACAGCCGCCUCCAGCAGGUAGCCGUGUCUAUGGCGGGGACCACACUGCUCGUACCUAUUCGCAGACGUCUGAUUUGCAUAACUACCAGCGGUACUCCGAUAUGGAUGAUUUUGAUGAAAGGUCGAUGCGAGGGUACUAUCCCGAAGCAGAUAUAGAUGGUGAUACUGCUCCAAUACGAGAUGCACGCGCCCGGGAUCGCAACAGCAUUCUCACCUUAGGAGGAGGGCUUGUGGGAAGAGCAAAAACUAUGCUUGGAAUGGGUCCGAAAUAUUCUGAGAUGGAUCUACCUUUGACCGAAGCUGGUGCAAGGACCCGAGGGAACACCGUGGGAACGGAGGACGAGGCGAGACCAAAAAGCAAAAAACACCGACCUGGAAGCCUUUUCUCUAGCUUUAUGCGAAGAAAACCUGACCCUUCAACCCUUGGACCCCGGAUAAUACAUCUCAAUAACGGACCCGCGAACCAGGCGAAUAAAUACGUGGACAACCACAUCUCGACCGCCAAAUACAACAUAUUUACAUUUAUCCCCAAAUUCCUCUUCGAACAAUUCUCCAAAUAUGCCAAUCUUUUUUUCUUGUUCACCGCAGCUCUACAACAAAUUCCAAACAUCUCGCCUACCAAUCGCUAUACCACAAUUGGCCCCCUCAUCAUUGUACUUCUUGUAUCCGCUAUCAAGGAGCUAGUGGAAGAUUUCAAGCGUAAAAAUUCCGACAAAUCUCUGAACUAUUCAAAAGCAAGAGUGUUACGAGGGGGUGUUUUCGAGCAAACCAGAUGGAUCGAUGUUUCAGUCGGUGAUAUUAUUAGAGUCGAAUCCGAAGAGCCGUUUCCCGCUGACCUUGUUCUUGUGGCAAGCUCAGAACCUGAAGGUCUUUGCUAUAUUGAAACGGCAAAUCUGGAUGGAGAAACCAAUUUGAAAAUUAAGCAAGCAAUUCCCGAAACUUCUGAUCUCGUCAGCUCGGACCAACUUAGUAGAGUCGCUGGCCGACUCAAAUCUGAACAGCCCAAUAGCAGCCUAUACACAUACGAAGCUACUUUAACUAUGCAUUCUAGUGGUGCAGAGAAGGAGCUUCCCCUUGCUCCAGAUCAAUUGCUUCUCCGUGGAGCUACCCUUCGCAAUACCCCUUGGAUCCAUGGUGUUGUAGUCUUUACAGGCCAUGAGACCAAGCUGAUGCGGAAUGCCACGGCGACCCCUAUCAAAAGGACUGCCGUAGAACGCAUGGUAAACUUACAAAUUCUGAUGCUUGUUGGCAUCUUAAUUUCUCUCAGUUUAAUCAGUUCUAUUGGUGACCUAAUCGUUCGAAUUACUGCAUCAAAAAACCUCUCUUACCUAGAUUAUGGAAAUGUGAAUGCUGCCGCCCAGUUUUUUUCAGAUAUCUUCACCUAUUGGGUUCUUUACUCCAACCUUGUCCCCAUUUCUCUAUUUGUUACGAUAGAGAUCGUCAAAUAUUCUCAUGCUUUUUUGAUAAACUCGGACCUCGAUAUUUACUACGAUAAAACAGAUACACCGGCCACUUGUCGCACAUCUUCCCUAGUGGAGGAGCUUGGCCAGAUAGAGUACAUAUUUUCUGACAAGACCGGCACAUUAACUUGCAACAUGAUGGAAUUCAAGCAGUGCUCUAUUGCUGGAAUACAAUAUGCGGAAGUUGUCCCUGAAGACCGACGUGCGAUAGAUGGAGAUGAUUCCGACACAGCCAUUUACGAUUUCAAAAAAUUAAGACAGAAUAUUCAGUCCCAUCCUAGCCAGGAGACGAUCAAGCAAUUUUUGACGCUCCUAGCUACCUGUCAUACGGUCAUACCUGAGCGCCGGGAUGAAAAACCAGGUGAAAUCAAGUACCAAGCAGCGUCUCCUGAUGAAGGCGCCCUAGUUGACGGCGCCGUCCUGCUAGGCUAUCAGUUCACAAACAGAAAACCAAGGUCCGUAAUAAUUUCAGCUGAUGGAGAAGAACAGGAGUUCGAAUUGCUAGCCGUCUGUGAGUUCAAUUCAACCAGAAAACGCAUGUCAACUAUCUUCAGGUGUCCCGAUGGGAGAAUUAGGCUAUAUUGCAAAGGUGCCGACACGGUUAUACUUGAACGUCUUCGCCCAGACAAUACUACUGUUGAUAUAACCCUUCAACAUUUGGAAGAAUAUGCUUCAGAGGGACUUCGCACACUGUGUCUUGCUAUGAGAGAAAUCCCAGAAGAAGAGUUCAAAGAAUGGUGGCAAGUAUUCGACAAGGCUGCCACGACUGUUAGUGGAAACCGAGCGGAAGAGUUGGACAAAGCGGCCGAACUCAUCGAAAAAGAUUUCUACCUUCUUGGUGCAACCGCAAUAGAAGAUCGUCUGCAAGAUGGUGUCCCAGACACAAUACACACACUACAGCAGGCAGGCAUCAAAAUCUGGGUGUUAACUGGCGAUCGCCAGGAAACUGCUAUUAAUAUCGGCAUGAGUUGCAAGCUUAUAUCAGAGGAUAUGACUUUACUAAUAAUCAAUGAAGAAACCGCAGAAGCAACUAGAGAGAGCUUAUCUAAAAAACUACAGGCAGUACAAAGUCAGAGCGGCUCGGAUAUCGAGACCCUUGCUCUUGUCAUUGACGGAAAAUCAUUGACAUUCGCUCUAGAGCGGGACAUGGAAAAAUUAUUCUUAGACCUUGCUGUUGCUUGUAAGGCCGUAAUAUGUUGCCGUGUAUCGCCAUUGCAAAAGGCAUUGGUUGUUAAGCUCGUCAAACGCCAUCUCAAAUCUCUUCUACUUGCGAUCGGAGAUGGUGCAAAUGAUGUAUCCAUGAUACAAGCCGCGCAUGUCGGCGUUGGAAUUAGUGGGGUCGAAGGUCUACAAGCUGCUCGAAGUGCAGACGUCGCAAUCGCCCAAUUCCGUUUCCUUCGAAAAUUACUUCUGGUGCAUGGUGCGUGGAGUUACCAGCGUAUUAGCAAAGUAAUUCUAUAUUCUUUCUAUAAGAAUAUUGCUUUGUAUAUGACACAGUUUUGGUAUUCUUUUCAGAAUUCCUUCUCUGGACAAGUCAUAUAUGAAUCAUGGACACUCUCCUUUUACAAUGUCUUUUUCACCGUUCUGCCUCCUUUUGCCAUGGGAAUUUUCGAUCAAUUUAUCUCCGCUAGGCUUCUUGAUCGUUAUCCACAACUCUAUCAGCUUGGCCAGAAGGGCGUUUUUUUCAAGAUGCAUAGUUUUUUCUCUUGGGUUGGAAAUGGUUUCUACCAUUCUCUGAUCGCCUACUUCCUUUCUCAAGCCGUCUUUCUUUAUGACCUGCCUACAAAAGAUGGGAUCGUUGUCGGGCAUUGGGUAUGGGGUACAGCCUUAUAUACCGCGGUUUUGGCCACUGUCCUUGGCAAAGCCGCCCUGGUCACCAAUAUCUGGACUAAAUAUACUUUUCUCGCCAUCCCGGGAUCUUUUUUCAUUUGGAUGGGAUUUAUCCCUGCGUACGCUUAUGCGGCCCCGAAUAUCGGAUCUGGCUUUUCUACCGAAUAUCUGGGGAUAAUUCCUCAGCUCCUCCCCUUACCAGUAUUCUGGCUUAUGGCGGUUGUCCUUCCAGCAAUCUGCUUACUCCGCGACUUUGCCUGGAAAUAUGCGAAGCGGAUGUAUUAUCCUCAAAGCUAUCAUCACGUGCAAGAAAUUCAGAAAUACAAUGUUCAAGACUAUCGGCCUCGUAUGGAGCAAUUCCAAAAAGCGAUUCGGAAAGUCAGACAGGUGCAGAGAAUGCGGAAGCAACGCGGAUACGCGUUCAGUCAAGCGGAUGAAGGUGGACAGAUGAGAGUGGUGAAUGCAUACGAUACCACGAGGGGCAGAGGGCGUUAUGGAGAAAUGACAAGCUCAAAGAAGCCGACAUUUUAG